AUGGCUGCAUCCACUCCUCAACCAAGUGACUCGACCAAUCCGGUGGUGUUCUUUGACAUUGCACUGGGAGGCGAGGCUCUUGGUCGAAUCAAGAUGGAACUCUUCGCCAAAAGCACUCCACGGACGGCCGAGAAUUUCCGGCAAUUCUGCACCGGGGAGAGCAAAAACCCCAAAGGACAACCCCAGGGGUACAAAGGUUGCAAGUUCCAUCGCGUGAUCAAAGAUUUCAUGAUUCAAGGUGGCGACUUUGUGCAUGGUGACGGUACCGGUACAUGCACCAUUUAUGGCACACCUAAGUUUGCCGAUGAGAAUUUUGCGCUAUCGCAUGAUCGGCCAGGACUCCUCAGCAUGGCGAAUUCUGGCCCGAAUACCAACGGCUGUCAGUUCUUCAUCACCACCACUGCCACCCCAUUCUUGAACAACAAGCAUGUGGUAUUUGGUGAGGUCAUUGAUGGGAUGGAUGUGGUCCGCAUGAUCGAACAUACUCGAACCACUAGAGAUAAACCCAACCAGGAUGUCACGAUCGUCCAGUGCGGAGAGAUGUAA